CGUGCGCCAUAUGCGCCGUCGCCCUGGUCGCCCUGCUGUCCGGGAACGUCCGCGUGCUCCCCGCCCGGGGCCUCCUUCGCUCCGCAGUUCUUGAAGCAAUACCAGAGACAGGGGAGCGAGCAGAGCUGGACGAAGGAACUCGUUCCGCCUCAAAUUUCGAAAAAUUCACGGUCUUCUCGCAAGAUAAACAGCGCUGGCUGGAAUUUGGAUUUUGAUAAGCUCUGGAAGCCUCCAUCAAACCGUGAUUUCGUGCCAUGUAUAAGCACAAAUUAUACAGUUCCUGUAGCAUCGCAAGGUUACCUUCUAGUCCAUACCAAUGGCGGACUUAAUCAGAUGCGAGCUGGGAUAUGUGACAUGGUUGCUGUAGCUCGUAUAAUAAAUGCUACUUUGGUGAUUCCUGACCUAGAUAAACGUUCUUUUUGGCAUGAUUCUAGCAACUUUUCUGAUAUCUUUGAUGAAGAACAUUUUAUAAGCAGUUUGGCUAAUGAUGUUAAAGUUGUAAAGAAGCUUCCCAAGGAAUUGGCUAAAACCACAAAGUUAGUGAAGGAAUUUAAAAGUUGGUCUGGCAUGGAUUACUAUCACAAAGAGAUAGCUGGCAUGUGGGAAUAUUAUGAGGUAAUACGAGCUUCAAAGUCAGAUUCUCGUCUUGCAAAUAAUAAUCUUCCAUCAGCCAUUCAAAAGCUACGCUGUCAUGCUUGUUAUGGAGCCCUUCGUUUUGCACCCCGUAUUGAAGCAAUGGGAAAGUUGCUGGUUGAGCGGAUGAGAUCUUAUGGUCGAUAUAUCGCUCUUCAUUUGCGGUAUGAGAAGGACAUGCUUGCCUUUAGUGGGUGUACACAUGGUUUAUCAACAGCUGAAGCUAAAGAACUGCAGAUAAUAAGGCAGAAAACUGCGCAUUGGAAGAAUAAGAAUAUUAAUUCUACUGAGCAGAGAUCUAAAGGAUACUGCCCUCUAACUCCAAAGGAGGUCGCAAUUUUUCUCACAGCCCUUGGGUAUCCAACCAAUACACCCAUAUACAUUGCUGCUGGAGAUAUAUAUGGAGGUGACUCUCAUAUGACUGAACUACGGUCCCGCUAUCCAAUGUUGAUGAGCAAGGAAAAACUAGCAUCAGUUGAGGAGCUGGAACCUUUUAUGAACCAUGCAUCCCAGAUGGCAGCACUGGAUUACAUUGUUUCUGUGGAGAGUGAUGUGUUCAUCCCAUCCUACUCAGGAAAUAUGGCAAGGGCAGUCGGAGGUCACCGACGCUUUUUGGGGCAUAGAAAGACAAUAUCACCGGACAGGAAAGCUCUUGUUCGUCUAUUUGACAAAAUUGAGCAGGGGACUCUGAAAGAAGGCAGUAGAUUUUCGGAUCGCAUUGCCGAACUCCACAAAAAACGGCAAGGGUCCCCACGGAAGAGGAAAGGCCCCAUCUCAGGAACAAAGGGCAUGGAUAGAUUUCGUUCAGAGGAGGCAUUCUACGAGAACCCUUUGCCAGAUUGUUUAUGCCGGAGUGAAUUGCCUGAAGUGAAUGCAUCAGCUGACAUGAGGUAGAUCAUGUUGAGCGGAAAUGCUCCCGAAAGAUAGACAUUUGUCGCGGCUUCAGGCACUUCAAGCUCUUGGGACUGACUGCAGUAAAUAGAUAGGGGACGCGGAACCUGUAUAGACAGAGUUUUAGGAUUAGGUAGGAGGGAGGCCAUGCACAGAAAGUUAAAUGCGUUUGCAAUAAGCAAGCAGGGGGGGAUAGUUUGAUCACUGAAGAUGGGCCUUGCAUUUUAUCAUCAAGGCAAAAUCUUUUGAGUAGAUGGCUGGUAUAGGGUGAUUGGUUAGAUAUAAUUCAUUUAGGAUGCAAUAAUUCUAUCAUAGUUUUUCCACUAUGCACGUUCCUCAUGUGCGGUUACUUCAGCUGUUCCACUUCGGUUACUCCAGCUUGUUCUCUAUGCGAGUCAUCCAUCGAGGUUGAAGGAAA